UGCGACAACGGCGUUUCAGGAAGCGAAAUAGAGAGGGCAGCGAAGUACUGAUAAAAAGAAGACAAAACCAUGUCGGGAAGUUUUUACUUUGUAAUGGUUGGUCAUCAUGACAAUCCAGUGUUUGAGAUGGAGUUCUUGCCAGCCGGAAAGCCCGAAUCAAAGGAUGAUCAUCGUCAUUUGAACCAGUUCAUUGCACAUGCAGCGCUGGAUCUGGUGGAUGAAAACAUGUGGCUGUCCAACAGCAUGUACCUGAAAACUGUUGACAAGUUCAACGAGUGGUUCGUCUCUGCGUUUGUCACUGCGGGACAUAUAAGAUUCAUCAUGCUGCAUGAUGUGCGACAGGAAGAUGGGAUCAAAAACUUCUUUAAUGACGUGUAUGAUUUAUACAUUAAGUUCGCCAUGAAUCCCUUCUAUGAAAUCAACGCGCCAAUCCGCUCAACAGCGUUUGAGAGGAAAGUGCAGUUUCUGGGAAAGAAGCAUCUCCUGAGUUAAUCACUUUGCAUAUUGACUGGAGUGUGGCUGAAUCUGUCUGCUGUAUAUAAUCUACAUGUUUGUCUCUUUCUCUGUUUGACAAAAUCUAAAUCCAUUUAACACAAAAUGUUGAUCGUUCUAUUUGCAUCAUUCUUAUGGCAUGGGUGAAAAGUUGGUCGCACAGUGCUGUCGUGGUUAACACUCCCACAGGUUUGAGUCUGGCGGCCUGUCUGUACACACAGUUUCCAGGUAUUCUUAAAAAUAAAGACCAAUUCUUUUCA